AUGUCUCGCCGAGAAACCAACCCUCAUUUUUCUAGACCACCACCGCGAGGACAUCCCGAAGAUCAUCGGCAGUCACCUAUUCUAUUCGUACCAGCCUCAGAACACCAUGGCCAAUAUCCACCACCGGCACAUGGAGUAGCACCUACGCAACAAGAAGAUCCCCCUUACCACCCUCAUUUUCCAUUGCAACCGCGACCACAAGAACAUCCCUAUCCAUUGCGGCCCCAGACGCAAGGACCACCACCACCACCACCUACCUCAAAAGCGCCGACCCGUGACAAGCGUAGCAAACCACAACAACAACCACCACCACCACCAGAAUCUGGACGAAGGAAGCGGCAAGAAGGUUUAGCUUACCCACCAAGCAAGCAAAAGGUAAAAAUUAGUGAGCCAUCAUCUUCCAAGCCUCCCGUUGUCACCCCAGUGCUACCCCCACUUAGCCUCUCUCCUGAGCCUCGGCAGCAACUUCGUGAACCUCACAGCCCCAAGCAAAAGCAGAGACAUGAUGGGCCGCGGCACCACCGCCCUCCAUGGUUGCCUCCGCCGAAAAAGUCCAACCCUCUAACAUGGUGUGGUGCUGUGUUAUGCGUAAUAUUUUGGCUGAUCAUAAUCAUAGGAGGGUUGAUAGUCCUAAUAGUGUACCUUGUUUUUCGCCCCCAGAGCCCUCAUUUCGACAUAUCUGGUGUCACCCUGAAUGCUGCAUACCUGGACUUUGGAUAUAUGCUCAAUGCUGAUAUCACCAUUCUUGCAAACUUCACAAAUCCAAACAAGAAGGUUCAUGUAGACUUCAGCACAGUGAGCAUCUAUCUAUAUUACGGAAAUACCCUCAUUGCAACUCAAUAUGUGGAACCUUUCUCUGCUGCAAGGGCUCAGUCAAGGUUUGCAUAUAUUCACAUGGUGACUAGUCAAGUUAAGCUGCCACUGGGAGAGAGCCAGCGCAUAGUGAAGCAAAUGGAAAGCAAUGGAGUUUUGUUGAGUGUGAGGGGUGUUUUCAGAGCAAGGUCUAAACUGGGAAGCAUCUUAAGGUAUUCAUAUAACCUCUAUGGCCUCUGUAAUCUCAUGGUCACGCGCCCGCCAGAUGGGGUUUUGCUUAAAAAGAAAUGCAGAACGAAACGCUGAAGCACCAUAUUCUUUUUUGUCCUUCUAUAUUGGGGGGUGUUUUUGGUUCUACUUAGUUUCACCAUAUUCUUCUUCUUCAAAUA